ACUAUGUCAGACGCAGCUGUAAACACCAGCUCCGAAAUCACCACCAAGGACUUGAAGGAGAAGAAGGAAGUUGUAGAAGAGGCGGAAAAUGGAAGAGACGCCCCUGCUAACGGAAAUACUGAUGAGGAAAAUGGGGAGCAGGAGGCUGACAAUGAGGUAGAUGAAGAAGAGGAAGAAGGUGGGGCGGAAGAGGAGGAGGAGGAGGAAGGUGAUGGUGAGGAGGAGGAUGGAGAUGAAGAUGAGGAGGCUGAGCCUGCUACCGUCAAGUGUGCAGGUGAAGAUGCUGAGGAUGACCAUGUCCACACCAAGAAGCAGAAGACCGACGAGCAUGACCAGACAGCAAAAACGGAAAAGUUAAACUAAAAGAAAAUCAAAAAAAAGGCCGCCAUAACCUAUUCACCCUCCACUUCCCGUCUCAGAAUCUAAACGUGGUCACCUUCGAGUAGAGAGGCCAGCCCGCCCGCCCACCACGGGCAGCGCCACCCGCAGAGGACACGACGCGCCCUCCACUACCCAACCCAAACCAUGAGAAUUGGCAACAGGGGAGGAAAGAAGAACCAAAACUUCCAAGGCCCUGCUUUUUCUCUUUAAAGUACUUUUAAAAGGAAAUUUGCUUGUAUUUUUCAUUUACGUUUUAUAUUUUUGUACGUAUUGUUAGGGUCAGCCAUUUUUAAUGAUCCCGAUGACCAAGGAGCGUUCUCUGUCCUACUUCUGACUUUACUUGUGGUGUGACCGUGUUCGUUAUAAUCUCAAAGGAGAAAAAAAGCCUUG